ACCAAUCAGCUGAUGGAGGAAGUCACAAGAAGAAUGACACGGGCUGUAUGGAUGCUGCUGGCUCUGAGCUUCUGUCCCUUUUCGCCAUAUCAAAUUUGUUUUUGAUCACCUGAUCUGUAGCUGGUCCUGUUCUUGAUCUCCCUGACCUUCGGAAUUCAGAACAUCGUUAGCAUCGAGCAGCACAUGCCAAUGAGUUCAUCCAGCAGAACGUUUCAGAUUGAUUAUGACAAUGACUGUUUUCGAAAGGAUGGUAAAGAGUUCCGCUAUAUUUCGGGGAGCAUACAUUACUCUCGUGUACCUCGGUAUUACUGGAAGGACCGUCUUAUGAAAAUGCACAUGGCGGGACUGAAUGCUAUUCAAACAUAUGUGCCGUGGAAUUAUCAUGAAACCAUCCCAGGUAAAUAUGACUUCACUGGAGAUAGAGAUUUGGAAUCCUUCUUAAAGUUAUGCAAUGAUAUUGGUUUGCUGGUCAUCUUACGAGCCGGACCCUUUAUUUGUGGAGAAUGGGACAUGGGUGGUCUUCCUGCCUGGCUGCUUCAGAAGAAGUCAAUCGUCCUCCGAUCUUCAGAUCCAGAUUAUCUCCAGUAUGUAGACAGAUGGAUGCAUGUUUUCCUGCUCAAGAUCAAACCAUUUCUAUAUCAGAACAAUGGACCAAUAAUUUCUGUACAGGUGGAGAAUGAAUAUGGUAGCUACUUUGCUUGUGACUAUGACUACCUACGGCAUCUACUGAAGCUCUUUCGGUACUACCUGGGUGAUGAGAUUGUUUUGUUUACAACGGAUGGAGCAGACCAAACGUACCUCAAGUGUGGCUCUCUGCAAGGACUCUAUGCUACAGUGGAUUUUGGUCCAGGUGGGAAUGUUACCAAAUCAUUUAAAGCUCAAAGAUAUGCAGAACCUCAUGGACCAAUGGUAAACUCUGAGUUUUAUACAGGGUGGUUGGAUCACUGGGGUCAGAAGCAUUCUGUGAUCAAGAAGGAGAUUGUUGCUAAAUCAUUGGAUGAAAUCCUUGCUCUUGGAGCCAAUGUUAACAUGUACAUGUUUGAAGGUGGAACAAACUUUGGCUACUGGAAUGGAGCAAACUCUCCCUAUUUGCCGCAGCCAACAAGCUAUGAUUACGAUGCCCCUCUGUCAGAAGCAGGAGACCCAACUGAGAAAUACUUCAGCAUUCGGAAAGUUAUUGGAAAGUACAAAAAGGUACCUGCUGGUCCAGUACUGCCUGCAACCCCCAAAUUCGCAUAUGGGUUAAUACAAGUUAAAAAGUUGCAGAGUGUUGCAGGAUUGGUUAACCUGCUGUCGUUCUCUGGCCCAGUCAAGUCUGUUUACCCACUGACGUUUGUGGAGAUGAAGCAGUAUUUUGGAUAUAUGCUCUAUCGAACCACCCUGCCAAUAAAUUGCACCAAGGGUACCCCGCUGGCAUCGCCCCAGAAUGGUGUUCAUGACAGAGCCUACAUCAUGGUGGAUGGGGUUUUCCAAGGGAUUCUGGAGAGAAACAAAGUCAUCCCAAUCAACAUCACUGGACAGGCUGGAUCAACACUUGAUAUCUUAGUGGAAAACAUGGGCAGAAUAAAUUAUGGAGGAGGCAUCCAUGACUCUAAGGGACUGGUAACUAAUCUAACCUUGGCUUCGAAUAUUCUGACUGGCUGGACCAUCUACUCAUUGAACAUUGAUGAAGCUGUGGCAAGAGGCUACUUAACCAAACUCCAGAAGGGCCAGAGGCUGACUCCACCAGCUGAGGUUAAUGUGCCGUCCUUUUAUUUAGGUGCCUUUAAGAUUCCAAACGGUAUUCCUGACCUGCCUCAAGACACAUACCUUAAAUUUCCUGGAUGGUCCAAGGGUCAAGUGUGGAUCAAUGGCUUCAACCUUGGUCGCUACUGGCCGGCUAGAGGUCCACAAAUCACUCUGUAUGUUCCUGCUCAUAUUCUUAGCACCUCUGCAGUUAACAACAUCACGGUGCUGGAGUUGGAGAACGCACCAUGUGUAGGAGAGCUUAACACAAACUGCGCUGUGGAAUUUGUGGACACCCCUGUUUUGAAUGGUACCUCAGCUUACACAAGCCUACACAGCAGAACUUUCAAUAGGUAUUCUUGGCAUGCGUGAACAAAAUGCUUAACAAUCUUAAUCUGAUGUGAGGGGUUAGUAUGUGAGGACAAGCACUGAUGAUCAUGUCUUUUGCCACUUUUAACAGAAGCUAAUGCUAUUCUAUCAGUUUUUUCUUUGCUGACUCAAAUUGCUGAUAAAUAAACCAAUGUUGUGACCAUAGAACCAUCUGGGUUUGUAGGGAAAAUAUUGUAUGAAUGAAAUGAAAGAAUUAUUGCACAGAUCUACGGCUUUCCCUCUGCUCUUGAAACUGCAGAAAGCCCCACUGAGCCUUCGACAACCUUUCAUUGGAGUAAUAGAUAACGUGUGUAAAAAAUAUAAUUGCCAAGAAAUGAAACUGAUUUUGGGGGUGAUCACAAUGACAUUGGUUAGUUUAAUGUUGACCUUUAUUAGAUUUAACAUAAGCUUUGGAGAAAAUCAGGGCAUGAUUGUAACUUUAUCAAUGAAUGUAGAUAAUAAAUCCUGAUUAUCAAACUUCCAAUUGUAUUUUUAAGGCUAAUAAUAAAGACGGAAGGAUUUUUAA